GGCCACAGAAGCGUUGCCAAGGCAACCGCGUCAGGCCUAGCUCGGCCUAGCCGGCCACCGCCGCCUUUAUUGAAUUGAAAAUACGGGCGGAGAGGCCUUCGCUGGGUCAGGAAGUGAGCAACAUUUUACAAGUCUCAUAUUGUUAGCAAACUGUGUAUGGCUCUUUGAUUAUUUUUUCCUGGGUACCAAAAUGGAUAAAGCUUUAACCUUGAUGCGGAAGGGCUUCAAUGAACUGCAAGAGAUGGGGCCCCGGCAGCAACAAAAUUUGGUGUGGAAUCCUCCGAAGAGCGACAAAAUAAAUCCCAGCAAAGCGUCCAAAGCAGUGCAGGAGUACUAUGAAAAGCAGGCUGAGGACCGAAGGACCAAACCCACCAUGUCGGGCUACGCCACCCAAGUAGAAGAAUUGCAGAAGUCCUUCCUGAUGCGACCCGGGUGCCCGAGAUAUAGCCACAGGGCCACUUCCACAUCUCACCUGGGUAAAGAUAUCUCUCUGCAGAAACUGGGGGACGAGCUGUCCCGCCUGGCCAGCUGUGAAGCCGAAUGUGCCCGGAAGGAUGACGUGAUCUCCAUCCUCCGGGAGGAAGUGGAAGCCAUGCAGAAGCAGCUCCAGACGGGAAGCGAGAGGAGCGCCUCAAAGGAGAAGGAAGAUGAGAAGGAGAGUCCGGGAGGAUCCACAAAAAGGGAAACCAGUGAUGCCUGGCCGUACAAGCGUGGUCACUCAUUGCCGAUACAUUUGGAUCAUACAAACAUCCUGGAAGACUUUCGUCGAGAAAUAGAGCCUCGCAAGUCGGAUGUAUCCCAAGUGGAUAAAAUCCCGGUCCCCGAGUUGGAGACCCUGAACGAUACGCUGCUGAAGGACCAGGAGGACUUGGAGCAAUUCGAGAAGGAGUUUAUGGAAAUACAGCAGAGGGAGAUGAUGGAUUUUGGGGACGAGAUGUUCCUCGACAGCGGAUCCAAAGAGUCGAAGGAGGUUUUGGAAGUUGAAGGGGAGGCAGAAACCAUGCAAGAAACAGAUGAAGAGCUGAUUGUUCGCAAAUUGUUUGAGUUCCAAAGGAUGAACGUUGAGCUUUAUGAGGAAUUGCAGAAAGCCAAAGAUGAUUAUGAAGUGGCCACAGGAGCAAUAUCUUCCUUGCAAAGGCAGCUGUCUUUUGAGGGAUCCCAGCUCCGGAGGGCUCACGCAGAGCAGGAAAUGCUGCAGAAGGAGCUGAGAGAGCGGGGAGUCCAGCUGGAAGCAAUGUCUCACAAGUUUUGCAACCUGCGAGAGGAGAGGAAGCAUGAAGAAAUGAUGGGAUCCAUUGAGAGGGAGAAUAAUAAGCUUCAACGGGAUAUUGCCAACCUGGAGUCCAAUCUUGCCGACAAGAGCCAGCUGAUUGACAGUUUACAAAGCAGUGUCAACCAGCUCCAGGCCGAGUUGUUCUUGAACCACCACCACAUUGGGACGCAGCAGACUCAGCAGAAUGAGCUUCAGAGGCAACUAGAGGUCCUGCAACGAGUCGAGCAGCAAACCAGAGUCACACUGGAAAGCAUCAGUGCCCGGUUUGAAAGAUUUCGCAGCAAAAUCAUCCAGGCGACCUACAGCACUCCGGGGACCAAGUCGCCCCAGGCCGAAAUCACCGACGAUGAUGUCUUGGAGGCUUUGCAGAAAAUAAUAACCGACCGUUUGGACUUCCAUCAGAUAUUGAGGCAAAAAGGCAUAAAAGUCCCGUCACUGAUCAGUUCCGAACCCAGCACUCCGACGAGUCACAAGAAGAAGAGCCCAAGCCGAUAGACACACAAAACGCAUGGCAACGGGCCUCUAGGCCUUCCUUCUUUUAUAUCCCCAGUUAAGCCCCUUAAUGAAAAAGGUCUUUGUCUUCAACCUCACUUAGUUGAGUCUUCUUUCAUGGCUUUAAAUCCUCUUCUUGAUUGAACUCAUGCUUAGCUUUCUCUUUGAACUGCAUCAUUUCUUUCACCAAUGGCUGAAUCUGCACAGAUUGGAAUGUCAUUCUGUGGUCAGUGUAGAACAGGUAUGGGCAAACAGGUAUGAUGCAGCCCUGGGGCAAUCUUUUGUUGAGAGGUGAUUAGUUUGCUCUAGGCACUGCCAGGCCAUCAAAUGCUAAUCAAGGUGGUCAGUUGAAACAUUCACACCUAGCUCCAGCAGACAAAAGUCCUUUGUCUCAUCCUGGUCAUUCCACAGAUAUAUCAACCCAUUUUCCUAGUUCCAACAGACCUCACUACCUCUGAGGAUGCUUGCCAUAGAUACAGGCGAAACGUCAGGAGAAAAUGCCUCUAGAAUAUGGCCAUAGAGCCCGGAAAAACCUACAACAACCCACUUUAGCUCAGUCUUUACAGUGAAGCCUUACAGACAGGACGUUGUGAGCUUUUCUCUCUCCCACCUGUAAAAGGCUUCGUUUCUCACAGCAAGCUUCGCUGGGGAAAUAUAGCUACAGCCAGCCUUCGCUGGAAAAAGGGGAAUAGAGCCAGCUUUGCUGGAAAGGAAAGGACUUCCUUCAACUUGGAAAAUCUACAGAGACUUUGCCUGGUAAGGUCUACUCCGGUCACCCAUUACGCAUUUUGGAACCGGGAGUAGGGCCCACGCCAGCAAAGUAAAGAGAUUGCCCAGGGAGGGGUCAAAGGAUUUCCCUUAAAGAAGAAAGGAACAGUUUAUUCAGCAGUUGCCUGUCCCUCGUCGGCAGAUUGAAGAAGUUACCAAUUUUCCAAAGUGAUAGAGUGUUUAUUCCAUGUUUUGAAGAUUUUAUCCUUAAUAAAGAACUUUGUUGGACUUA